AUGUGUGCUCUUUGGAUUGACCAACACAGACCACACAAUUUGGAUGAUCUUACUAUUCAGUCCAAUGCAAACGAAUUACUAAAAAGUAUUAGCGGAUCUUUUGAUUUUCCACAUUUAUUAUUCUGCGGACCUCCAGGAUCAGGCAAAAAGACCCGCGUAUUAGCAUUUCUCAGAAAACUUUUCAACGCAGAGCUUACACACCUUGCAUCUGGCUUCCGCACAAUUGAAGAAGGCGAUAAAAAGAUCGAAGUUCAAGUUACAUCAUCAGAUUUUCAUAUUGAAAUCACACCAGCUGAUGCUGGCAUGAAUGAUCGCCAUGUCAUCUCAUACUUUUUGAAAGAUGUCGCUGCUUCUCAAGUUGUUGGUGGAUUUUCAAUCAAAGUCGUAGUUAUCAACGAAGCUCACCGUCUUUCCAAGCUUGCACAACAAGCCUUACGUCGUACAAUGGAAAAAUACGCAAAAAGCUGCAGAAUUAUUCUUAUUGCUGAUUCUCUUUCACAAAUCAUCGAGCCAGUCCGUUCUCGUUGCUUAGUUAUUAGAACGCCACGUAUACCAUCUGCCGACAUCGCUACAGCUGUUAAAGAAGUCGCCAGUAAAGAGAAUUUCGAAAUUUCAGACGAACAACUUACUGAUCUUGUUAAUGAGUCCAUCGGAAAUCUCCGCCGUGCCAUUAACCUACUAGAAAUGCUUUCCAUGCAAAAGAAAGGCGGAAGCGUCCAAAGUAUUUUGCCAGAAUGGGAAAGAUACACAGACGAGCUUGUACAGAUCCUUAUCGAAGGAAAAUUACAGACAGAGACAAUCAAAGAGAUCAGAGUUCACCUUUACGAACUUCUCGUCCAUUGUGUCCCUCCAACAGAGAUUCUGAGACGUAUUGUCCACGGAAUACUCCACCAAAUAGAUUCCAACCUUGUUGAGAAGGUGGCAUCAACUGCGGCUUUCUACGAAGCAAGAAUGCAACAGGGAUCUAAGCCAAUCUUCCAUUUAGAGGCUUUCUGCGCAAGAUUUAUUUGCAUUUAUCGUGAAUACUUCUCUUCAUGGUAA